AUGAAUUUUGCGCUAUGGGAACUGUCAAAGCUUUUAUUAGUCUAUAACAAGACUUUGAGAGAUUUUCCAAACAUGCUGGUAAUUAAUGAAGCAAGCCAUGUUCAUGCGGAAAACCGGUUGUUGUGGGAAGAGUUAGCAUAUGACCGUGCUAGGGAAUAUGAGGAGAGUCAACGGCUUAAGGAGAGACUAACAAAAGAACAAAAAGCAAUAUAUGAUGCCGUUAUCAACGAUAUUGAUUCCAACAAUGGUGGACUGUUUUUUGUUUAUGGGUAUGGUGGUACAGGAAAGACAUUUCUGUGGCGUGUGCUCUCUUCUUCUAUUAGAGCAAAAGACGAAAUUGUUACCAAUGUGGCAUCGAGUGGGAUAGCAUCUUUACUUCUUCCGGGUGGCAGGACUGCACAUUCAAGCUUUUCAAUACCAACCUAUGUCAAUGAAGAUUCUACGUGCAAUAUAAAUCAAUGCAUUCAAUUAGCUGAACUCAUCGUUCAUGCAAAACUAAUAAUUUGGAAUGAAGCACCGAUGAUGCACAAACAUUGUUUUGAGGCAUUGGAUAAAACAAUGAGAGAUUUGUUAAGAUUUGUUAACAAUGAAAGUCAAAACAUGACUUUUGGCUGGAAGACAGUGGUUUUAGGUGGGGACUUUAGGCAAAUAUUACCAGUGGUGCCAAAGGGUUCAAGACAGGACAUUGUUUCUGCAACAAUUAAUUCUUCAUAUCUUUGGAGACAUUGUAGAGUUAUGCGCCUAACAAAAAAUUUGAGAUUAACUACAAUGGAACCUCGAUUGAAUCAAGACAAAGUUGAAGAAUUUGCGAAUUGGCUAAUUUCAAUAGGUGAUGGUAAUAUUGGGGUAGAUAUUGAUGGUUACGCUGAUUUUGAUAUCCCCACUCAAUUGUUAUUAAAGUCAAAUGGUGAUCCUAUUUCCUCUAUUGUGAAAAGUACCUUCCCCAACUUUACUGGUGCAAGCAGUGAUGGAAGUUGUUUUAAGAACAGUGCAAUACUAGCACCAACGUUAGAGGUGGUCAAUGAGGUCAACCAGUAUAUGUCUAACUUAACUGAGGGGGAAGGAAAGACAUAUUUUAGUUCCGACACAACGUGUAAAGGCGAUGGUUCCAGUUCAGUUAUUGCCGAUGUGCAUACACCAGAAUUCCUAAAUACCAUAAGAGCGUCUGGCCUUCCAAAUCAUUCUCUGACUUUGAAAGUGGGGUCUCCUGUAAUGUUAAUGAGGAACAUUGAUCAUAGUCUUGGUUUAUGCAAUGGAACUAGGUUGGUGGUAACAAGAUUAGGUAAUCAUGUUGUUGAAGGAAGCAUAUUAGCAGGUCCUAAUGCUGGGACUAAGGUAUUAAUUGCUAGAAUGACUAUCACCCCAUCGGACCCGAGAUUACCUUUCAAGUUCAACAGAAGACAAUUUCCACUUAUGUUGUCAUAUGCAAUGACUAUUAACAAGAGUCAAGGGCAGACGCUUUCCAAUGUUGGCUUGAUACUCAAGAAACCAGUUUUUGUGCAUGGCCAAUUAUAUGUUGCCGCAUCAAGAGUUAGUCAACCAGACGGACUGAAGAUUUUAGUAUGUGAUGAAUCAAAAUAG